CCACUUUUAUUUCAGAACUAAUAUCACUUAAUUAUAUUUUCUUUCCCGAUCCCUAAAUAUAUGAAGUAAAAAAAAAAAAUCCAAGACACAAUAAUGGAAACUGAGAUCUAUUCCUAAUCCCUCCGCCGUCGAAGAAGCUCACAACUCUCCUUCAAUCUCUCGUUGCCGUCGAAGAAGCUCGCAACUCUCCUUCAAUCUCUUGUCGCGCAUCUCUCCUCUCCGUUGCCGUCGAAGAACUUACUCGACUGUUUACCAUCGUUUUCACGAUUCCAAAAAUUGGCUGAACAUGGAGAAGAGGAUCGAGACGUACACCGUGGUGGUCAUUUUAGCACGUACACCGUGGUGGUCAUUUUAGCGGUGGUGAGGAAGUUGGCGAUGAAGAUCAAUUUGAAGCAAUUAAUGAGAUGAUUUAUGAUGCUAUUAGGCCAUUUUCCAAUGUCCCCAAUGUGAAUGCUAAUAUGGAAAAUGAGACACCUAGUGUCGGUGAGGUACCAAAUGAGAAAGCUCAACAAUUUUACAGUAAAUUGAUCUCUGCAAACCAACCCAUUUAUGAGGGAGCUGCCGAAUCCAAAUUAUCUAUUUCUGUCAAGCUUUUGGUUGCUAUGUCUAAUUGGUAUGUCCCUCAAAAGUGCAUAGAUCAUUUUGCUCAAAUGCUUGUUGAUGUUUGUCCAACAAAACAAUGCUUACCCGAAAACCAUUAUCAAGCAACAAAGUUGUCAUAAUCAACUUGUCUUUUGAUUUGCAUGAUUUGACUUGUCAUUUAAAUUGCUUAAUGAUUUUUAGACUAUAAAUGAAUUGCUUAAUCGAGCUUCAAGUAAAGGUGGGGCACUCCAUACCACAGGAAGGAAGGUUCAUCAUGAAAUUGCACUUGACAUGAGUUCUAAGCUUGGGAGAGCUUUCUAUCCCGAUGAACUUUUUGUGGCUACCCACAAAAAGAAGACUGGCGAUUGGGUUGAUCGUCGUUCUGAGAAAACUCAUGCCGAAUAUCUUGAAAAUUUGGCCAAAGUGACACAAACUUAUGGUGGUGCUACUCGUGACACUCAAGAGGUUGAUGGAUCGCAAAGAAUUCAAAUAUGGAAAGAUGUUUCCAAGGGUAAGUCUCGGGGAAGAUGUUAUGGUACUGGACACUUGGCUAAAAACCUUAAGUAUAAAAACUUGAUUUAUGAGGCAGAGGCACCUCACAAUAGGGCAGAGAACCAGAUCAUUGAAGCUGCUAGAGCCGAGGCUGCUGCAGCACGUGCAGAUGUUGAGGCUGCUAGAGCUGAGGUUGCUGCAGCACGUGCAGAUGCUGAUGCUGCUAGAGUCGAGGCUGCUGCGUCAACUGCGAGAACCAGAUCAUUGGAAAUAAAGUUUGAAGAAUUCCAAAGUCGCAUGAUGGCUUUGGAGACGGCCUCCUGUAGUGGUCAUUCUCGUCAGAGUUCUCAUCCUCAUUAUGAUAAUGAAUUGGAUGAUCAAUCGGUUGAUGAAGAGAAAGAUGCUUGAUUUUGUUGGUUGUAGACUUUGUGGGUUAUUUUGAUGGUAAGUUUAAGAGUUAUUUUGAUAGGUUAUAUAUUUUGUGGGAUAUUUUGGUGGGUCAUAUAUUUUGUGGGUUGUUAUUUUGAUGGAUGUAGACAUUUUUGUUGACAUUCUAUAUAUAUGGUUAUACAUGAGAAAUAGAUGGUCAUGUUAAGAAUUGAUGAAUUUAAAUGGAUGUAGACCUUUUUGUUGAGAUUCUAUAUAUAUGAGAAAUAGAUGUUUAUGUUAA